AUGGAGAAGCCAAAGUUCAAGACUGUCCAAGAAGUCAUUGCCGACGGCGAAGGAUUACCGGAAAGAUAUCUCCACACACCCACCGGCGACGACGACGACGGCGAAGGUCAACAACCUCUUAACGCUUCUGUACCAGAGAUGGAUAUUCCGGCCAUAGAUCUAACUCUUCUCCUCUCUUCUUCCCAAGACGGUCGAGAAGAGUUGAGUAAACUUCACUCAGCACUCUCUACAUGGGGCGUUGUUCAGGUGAUGAAUCAUGGAAUCACUGAAGCGUUUCUUGACAAGAUUUACGAGCUUACCAAGCAGUUCUUCGCGCUUCCGACCGAAGAGAAACAAAAGUACGCGAGAGAGAUUGGUAGUAUCCAAGGAUAUGGAAACGAUAUGAUUUUGUCUGAUGAUCAAGUUCUUGAUUGGAUCGACCGUUUGUAUCUCACUACUUACCCUGAAGAUCAACGAAAGCUUAAAUUCUGGCCUGAAACCCCAACUGAGUUCAGGGAGACUUUACAUGAAUAUACUAUGAAGCAACAGCUAGUGAUUGAGAAGUUCUUUAAGGCAAUGGCUACAUCUUUGGAAUUGGAAGAGAAUUGCUUUCUAGAAAUGUAUGGAGAAAAUGCUACAAUGGAUACAAGAUUCAACAUGUAUCCUCCAUGUCCGAGGCCAGAUAAGGUUCUUGGUGUUAAACCGCACGCUGAUGGUUCGGCUUUCACUCUUCUCUUACCUGACAAAGAUGUCGAAGGGCUUCAGUUUCUCAAAGAUGGGAAGUGGUAUAAAGCUCCAAUCGUCCCUGAUACAAUACUGAUCAAUGUAGGAGAUCAAAUCGAGAUAAUGAGCAAUGGAAUAUACAAGAGCCCGGUUCAUAGAGUGGUGACUAACAGAGAAAAGGAAAGGAUAUCUGUUGCAACGUUUUGUCUUCCGGGUUCAGACAAAGAGAUUCAACCUGUAGAUAGGCUUGUGACUGAUGCAACGCCAAGAUUAUAUAAAUCAGUUAAGAAGUAUGUGGACCUCUACUUUGAUUACUAUCAAAAGGGUCGAAGACCGAUCGAAGCUGCAUUGAUCUGA